AUGGGCCUCGCCGCAGCUCGCAGCGUCGCCGACUAUAGGAGGGAGACGCAGCAGGUCUUAGAUGCACUGGACAGCAGCAGCAGCACCAGCUGCUGCUACAGCGACGGCGAUGCGGUGUGGAGCGUCUCGCUGCUGGUGUCGGUGCAGCAGACUGCUGCUGCAGCUGCGCUGCAGCAGCUGCUGCGGUGCCUGCCUUCAUUACAGCAGCAGCAACGAAAGGGCCCCGCAGGCCUAUCAGCGAAAGACGGUCUACUGCUGCUGUCUGUUGUAAGCAGAGCAGACAAUUUGCUUGGGGCCUCAUUUCAAGGCAGUGUUCAUGAAGAAGAGAUUGCUGCUGCCGCGCAGCAUUUAGAUGGAGCAGUGGAAGCUGUAUUGUUGCUGCUGCAGCACGUCAGCAGCAGCAGCAGGACACGCCUGCUGCUCGAGCAGCAACAGCAGCAGCAGCAGCAUACAGCAACCAAAGGGGCUCAUGCUGCUGCAGCAGCAGCAGAAUGGGAAAAGAGCUGCACCAGAGUGUUGCAGCUGCUGCUCAAACAUUCCAAAGUUGUCGAUAGACUCCCACAGACAAGAAAAAAUGUAUUGUGGCAGUUGCUGGUGGGGUUGGAGUUGGGAGCGCCGGAGAAGAGUGCAGCGAUUGCUGCUGCUUUGUGUUUGCUGCCUUCUUUUAAGGCUGCGGUGUCUCGGAACUUGAGGGGCACGCUGCUGCUGCUACUGCUGCGGCUGCGGUGCUGCUGCUGCUGCGAAGAGCUCCCCAAAGGCAGCAGGUUGCUGCUGGUGGAGAGGUUGCUGCUGCUCCUGUCGCGCCUGGCAUUGAGGUUUCCCCUUGCAUUCCGCAGCCAACUCUUCCUGUUCCACGUACCGCAGCAGCAGCAGCAGCAGCAAGAGCAGACGCAGCAGCAGCAGCAGCAGCCGCACCAGCGGCAAGGGGGCGGGGAGAAUGCGCAGCAGCAUUUGCUUAUGCGGGAGACGCAGAGUUUGUCUUUGAGGUGGCUGCAAACACAAGCACCACAGCAGCUGCUGCAGCGGAAAGAACAGCAGGAGCACCAGCAGCAGCAACAACCGCAGCAGCAACAGCAGCAGCAACAGGAGGAGACUGGGGGCCUUUGGCUUCAGCCUGUAAUAGAUGCAGCCUUCCCAAAACCCACCAACGACCGUCAGCAGCUGCAGCAGCAAGCGCAGGAGCAGCAACAGCAGCAGCAGAUGGGUUGCAUAACAACAGCCGCGGUUGCGGAAGCAGCGGCAGCAGCAACAGCAGCAGCCGAGUGGGAGCCGCUAGUGCUGGUGGUGCUGCAGAGCCUCUACCGCCCUGACUUGCUGCGGCAGCUAGGCCUUGAAAGCCGCGAGAGUUUGCUGCUGCUGUCGCGGUUGCUGCUGAAGUGUCUCAGGGGGCCCUCAGUCUUCGCCCCUGCUGCAGCAAGACGCCUCAGGCCAUUUCGUGAUUUGCUGCGGAGCUUGAUAACAGCCACUCCCUCUCUCAUUGCACAAGAAGCAGAAUCUGCCAAGGCGCCUCAGCAGCAACUGUGCUGCUUCCGCGGCCGCCUGGGUGUUUCUGCUGCUGCUGCACUGUCUCCGUCUCUGUCUUCUCUCGGAAUGCAAGGAGAACCUUUCUUCUUGCUGCUGACGCGGGGCAGUUGGCUGCGACGCAUAGCGCAGGCCGAUUUGGUUGCGGAGGCGUUGUGGGAGGGAAUGUUCCUCGAUCCUCCCCUGCUGCAGCAGCAAGUGCAGCAGCCGCAGCAGCAAGUGCAGCAGCCGCAGCAGCAAGUGCAGCAGCAGCAGCAGCAAGCGCAGCAGCAGCCGAAGCACCCCCUGGAGUCACAGCAACAGCAGCAAGGCUGCACGCGCUGCGGUGCGUAUUUCAGCAUAAACCCAGGCCAUCCAGCUGCCGUCUGCAUCUGCAGCAGCAGCAGCAGCAACCCGAAGCAGCACGAUCCGCUCCCCGGGACUUCGGUAAAGGGCGCCUUUCUCUGCCCCCCCAAGGCGACGAAAAGAUGCAGCUGCGUCGACCCAGCAGCAGCAGCAGCGGCGGCGGCACCAGCAACAGCAGAACGGACAGAAAGAGCAGCAGCAGCCGCAACACCAGCAGCUGCAGCCCCUCCUCCAAGGGGCUUGCUACUGCAGUGCGGGGCCGUCAUAGGGAGUUUUCUGCUGCACAAAAUUCAACUAAGGCCCGAGCAUACACCGCCGGCUAACUACGGCUUUUGGUGUUUGGUGUUGGUACGGUUUUGCGAAGUGUAUGGGUGGGCUUUGCCGCGAGAGACGCAGCAGCAGCUGUUUGCUGCAGCAGAAGCAGCACUAACGACAAUCAUCAGGGAAGAAGCAGCCAAAGGAGGAACUGCAGCAGCAGCAGCAGUUGCUGCUGUUGCUGCUGCUGCAGACCCCACAGCCUCCCUUACCAGGCAGGCCUGCCUCAUGCAAGUCCUCACUGCUCUGCUGCAAAUACCCGUACACCGCAUGCUGCAGCAGCAGCAGCUGCUGCUGCAACAGCAGCAUGAAGGGCAGCAGCAGCACACGCUAGCCCCCUCUGAACUCGGGACCUUCUCAGAAAAGAGCAACAACAGCAGCAACAGCAGCAUCACCAGCAGGAGAAGCAUUGUUGCUGCUUGGGAGCGGGCUCUUUCUGAGGAGGAGACUUCACAGAGCUGCUGCGGCUUCGGUUUGUCUCUCCUCUCUAGUCAGCUGGUGUCUUGCAGCCCAGCUAUCUCCUGCCUCAGCUGCACCGCAGGGACCGUUCAAUUAUGUGCGGCUCUUCGUAAAGAGGGAACGCAUGCAAAUGAGGAUUUGCUGCUGCGGCUCCUGGAGCAUGCAGAUCGAUUUGCUGCAGCGGUGCAGCAACAGCAGCAGCAGCAGCUGCAGACAGCCCGCUUCAUGCUGCUUCCUGCGUCGUUGCUGGUUCCUUCGUAUCUGCUGCUGAUGCAACAGCUGCUGCUACUGCUGCCUCGCCAGGCGACCCGAAGAGGCGUGCGGCUGCUGUUCGAGCCUCCCUUUUUAGGCCGCAGUUUGAUGCUGCCAGCAGCAGCAGCAACUGCAGCAACAGUGAGGGGGGGAGGCGCAGGAACAGCUCGUGUCUUGGAUUCAGGGUUUUGGUUGCUGGAAGUGUUUGCUGCUGCUUUGCUGCUGCACAAGGAGAACAUUGCUGCUGCUAAAGCAGAUGAGUUGUUUGUCUCUCUUUUUGCUGCUGCGGCGGGUUCGUGGAGGAGACACAAAGAGGGUUUUCCUGGCUUGCGAACCCGCAUGCAGAGGCAGCAGCAAACUGUCACCUCGCUGCCUGCUGCUGCUGCGUUGUUGCUGCAGCUGCUGCGCUGCUACGCUGGGGAGACCCUGCGGGAAUACUGGGGGCCCCUGCUGCAGCAGAGCAGCCAGCAGCAGUGUCUCCUCAGCAUAUGGAAGGGGAAUCUCUGCACAGCAACAGUGACAGCAGCAACAAGUGCAGCAGCAACUGCAACAGGAGCGGCAGCAGCAGGUGCUGCAGCAAGAGCUGCGGACAACCCGCUGCAGGUUCCUCUCGACCCCAGAUGCCUAGGCGAAGGCCAUCUGCAUGCAUUUCUUGCUGCAGCAGCGUAUACAGCUCAGGGCCCGCGAUCUCUCGCUGCUGCAUUGCUGCUGCUCUCGGCAAGCUGCGGAGACCCUGCGGCAACAGCAACAGCAGCAGCAGCAGCAGCGCAUCAACUGUCCUUUAGGGGAGACGAGGAGACAGCAAAACAUCUAAAAACCCUCCUGGACUGCAGCAGACAAGAAGCACCUUUAUCCCAGGAGCUGCAGCUACACUACAUUGAUGGUUUGCUGCUGCUGAAGCCUGUGCUGCUGUCUCAUCUUCCUGUUGCUGCCUUCUUUGACGGGCCUCCCCUGCUGCGCGUAGCUGCAGUGCCUGCUGCCGCUGCGCAGGCCGCGGAUACAGAUGCAGCAGCAACAGCGGCAGCAGCAACAACGGAGUUGCCGCUGCUGCAGCUGCAGCCUCUCGCCUGCGGAACAGCCGCUCUGGCUGCGCUGCAGCAACGCCCCGCCUUGCUGCAGUGUAUAUACAGCUUCCAUUACGAUAGCAGCGUACACCUCGUUGGUGCGCUUGCUGCUGCAGGCGACAGAGCGGCGGCAGCAGCAACAGCUGCAGCGACAGAAGCACCACACGGCGCCCCCUUCUCUAUCAUUCCCCCAUUCAACCUGACUGCUCCUGCUCCUGCUGCUGGCAGCAGCAGCAGCAGGAGCAGCAGCAGAGGAAGCUUUAUGCACCUGCAAUGGAUGGAGGAGGCCUGCUGCUUCUUGACGAGCCUUAAGCUUGCUGCUGCUGUGCUGCCGCUGCAUGCAUGGGUUUUGCCUUCUCACUGGAGUGUAUGUGCAGCAUCGACAGAAGUGUGGGUCCCCGGAAGGCCCUGCUCUCUCGGAUGUGCUUCUUGGUUCGCCUUUCUUUGCCUUAUUAAGGCAGCAAAGGAGGCGCUGCAGCGAGAACAGCAGCAGCAGCAGCAGCGGCAGGAGGGUCCGCAGCCGUCGCCAGAGAGAAGCAAAGCAGCAGCAACAGCAGCUACUGCUGCUACGGCAACAACGUCCGCAACUGCAGCAGCAGAUGACUGGUGCGGCAGCAACGAGCAAGCUGGAGAGCAGCAAGAGGUCUUCUGGCUGCUGCUGCUCGACACUUUGCAUUUUCUGCAACGCAACGGCUGGCCCUGCCCUCCUUGCUGCAGCAAGGCCUACGGCAGCAGCAACCGCAGCAAUAGCAGCAACAGCAGCAACAGAUGUUCCUUUGAAGCCUGGCUAUUGCUGCUGCAGCAGGGAGGCAGCAGCAGCUGGGACUGGGAUUUGCGGCAACUAGUAAAGAGCUUUGUUGGGGAGUCGUCUGCAGCAGCAGCAGCAGAUGGAGCUGCACCAAAGCCAAAGGCACAUUUGCCUCCAUCCUUGACUGUCCUGUCGAAGCUACAGCUGCAGCAGCUGCUGCUGCCGCUGCUACGCCUGCUUGCUGAAGCGAAAUACCUGUCUCUCCCGCUCACUCUACCUUCAGGGCUCCAGCAGCAGCAGCAGCAGCAGAAGCAGCAGCGAAGUGCUUUCAAAAAUACGGCUAUCAGUGACCCCUGGGGGUUUGCGAACGACAGCUUUACCAGCAGCAGCACAAUUGAAUCGGUUGCAGCAGCAAACCAACAGCUGCAGCAGCAGCAAGAUGUCUCGGCUCACUAUGGGCGUCAGGAUCCUACUGCGGCAGAAGACGCCGCCGCCGCUGCUGCUGCUGCUGCUCUGUCUCUGCUUCCGUCUCAAUUCUUAGUGCUGCGGUGGCUGCUGCAAUCUGUCGUCCUCUUCUCCUUUGCACCAAUUGAAAGCAGCAGCAAUUCGAAGCAGCAGCAGCAGCAGCAGGGACAGGCAAAGGAGCAGCAGGGGCUAGAAGGCACUGUGGCUGUUUUGGCGUUGUUGCACGAGUUUACAAUCGGCAGCAGCAGCAGCAGCAGCAACAGCAGCAGCAGCACCACCUGCAGCAACAGCGGCAACUGCAGCAGCAGCACCAGGAGUAUAAUGGAGCAGCACGUGCAGCAGCUGCUGCCUCUUUGUGAGUUGCAGCAGAUACAUCGCCUGCUGCCUCUUGCUCUCUGUCUCUUCUCUCUGCACCAGAUCGAAACAAAGUGUAGCAGCACGACUGCAAACAACACAGCAGCAACCUCUCGCAUGCUGCAGGUGAUUGAUGCAGCUUCGCUGCUGCUCGCCUCCGACUGCCUCCUCGCCCUCCUACAACCGGCGGUCCUCUCUUGGUUUGUGUGUCUUUGUGCCUGUCUCCUUUCCUCUGCUGCUGCUGCCGCUGCUCGCAUUGGUGCUGCGCUGCUGCGGGUAUUGCGGUGUCUCCGAUUGCAAUUGUCGGCUUCCUGUUGCUCGUGGGGACCCCCAGCAGCAGCAGCGGAGGUGUCGCUUCACCUCGUCACUGCCAUCCUCCUGCCGCUUUCUCCUCAGGACAUUGCACAUCCCUUGCUGCUGUGUGGGGUGGGAGGAGAGGCGGGAGGCGAGUUCGUUCGUUGUCUCGUUGCUUCGGGAUCGGUCUCCGCGUGGCUGUUGCGCGCGCUGCUGCCGAGCAGCUCUGCGGACAAUUCUGCUGCUGCUGUUUCUGGUGCUGCUGCUGUUCCUGCUGCAACUGAAGACCUACGGUGUCUUUGCAGCUCCGUUGCUGCUGAGUUUGCUGCUCUCGCCUGGCCCCACAGAGAUCGUCUUGCUGCAGCAGCAGAUGCGCUACUGCCUCCGCUGCUAGAGGCAAUAGGAAACCCUCUGCUGCAGCAGCAGCUGCAACCCGACCCCGUAUUGUGCUAUGCACCGCGAGAGGCAGCAGCAGCAGCAGCUGCUGCUGCUGCUGUGCUGCAGCAGCAGCAACGCGACAGGCGGAGAAAAGGAUGGCCAGAGGAGACAGACGAGGAGGCGACCGAGACACAAGCAGAGACACUGCUGCGACUAGGCCCGUCAGUUGUGCCUUUGCUGCUUGAUUACUAUUCUCCGCGCGACGUGCUCGGCGAGUUGGUGCCGGCACUGCAGCAGCAGCAGCAACAACAACAGCAACAGCAGCAGCAAGGAUGUCCUGCUUUGGCUGCGUCGUUCGUUUGUUCGUAUACUGCUGCAAAAGUAGCUGCACUUGCUGCUGCUCCUCUUGCAUCCAAGCCCUUUACCCCAUUCAUUCUGUUCGAGUUGCUACAGCUAGCUGCUGCUCCGGGUCCUGCUGGUGUAGCUGCUGCUGCUGCUGAUCCAGAAGGCGGUGCUGGCUCUGCUGCUGAUGCUGCAGCAGCAGGGGCAGCACCAGCAACAAACGGCAGCUCGAUCCCUCAUUCUUUUGCUGCGUCUCCCUUGAGACCCUUCGUUGCCCGGGCAUUGCAAAGAACAGCGGCAGCAAGCGGCAGCACGGUGCAGCAGCUGCUGCAGCAGCAACUCCAUUCGCUGCUGCUGCUGCGGCUGCGUGGUGCCAGAGGCUCUGACGGCUCGCCGCUGAGCAUUGGGCCUCCCCUACAGCUGCAGCAGCAACAGCAGCAGCAGCAACAGCAGGAGCAGCAACAGCUGGCCUGGCAGCUGCUGCUAGCAGGCGACGCGGAAGCUCUUGACCCACGGGCUGCUGCUGCUGUUUCCCCGUUCUCCUUAUCAACAGCAACAGCAGCAGAAGCAGUUGCUGCUGCUUCUUCUGCCCAAGAAGCAGAGGUAGACGAGAUGCCUCUGCCUCUGCGUUGCUUCGCAGCUCAAGUUGCAGCUGCUGCUGCUCCGCUGCUUGCUGAUGGGUCUCACCUCCUCUUCCAAGCGGGGUAUAUGAGCGGCGUGCCUGUGCAUCUGCUGCUGCGUCUGGUUGCUGCUGCAACGAGGAGACAGUUGGGUAGCGAGAGGCUUGAAGAAAUCGGGGCGACGCUGCUGGCCCUCACUUUAGGGGGAGACCUGCAGCAGCAGCAGCAACAGCUGCAGCUGCAGCAGCAAAGCUAUCUGCAGCAUAUCCUCGACACUCCACUUCUAUGCCGCACUUUCCUUAGGCCAAGGCAGCACCUAAUUCUCCCUGCUGCUGCCAGUUUGUUUGCUUUGGAAGCUGCUGAGGGCCUGCCCUCUCCCCCUUCUCUCUCUGCACUUUGUACGGCGAUGUGCAGCGGUGGGGUCGCCUUAUUUCCUGCUGCUGCUGCUGCUGGGGAUGCUGCUGCUGCGCCUGGUGCAGCAGCAGGGCAUGCACACGGAGAGUUCGGGUCCUUCUUUCGCUCCAACCUGCUGCUGCUGCUGCAGGCGGUGGAGCGCCUCCUCUUCUCGCUGCCUCCUGCAGCAUGCCGUAGCGAAGCUCAGGCGAAAACAGCAGCAGCAGCAGCAGCAACAGCUGCAACCGGAGAUGAAGGGUUUGCGCAUUGCUGCGGAGACUGCAGAGAAGAGCAACGCGCUGCAGCGGCAGAAGCGGCAUUAGCAGCAGCUGCUGCUGCUGCACCUGCUGCAGUAGAAACUGCUAGGCUACUGGGGCUGCAGCAGCUGCUGCUGCCCCAUGCUCCACCAGCAGUACUGGGGGAUGAGGGUUGGAGUUUGCUGCUGCUGCAGCAGGAAUUGUUGCUGCCUGCUGCAGCGGCAAAUGCUGUCCCUUCAAGUGUCUCCGCACCUAGGAAGCGCGUGCUGCUUCUCGAUGCUGUUGUUGCUGCCCUCCCCUUUGCCGCAGCAGAUGCGGCUUCGCUGCUGCUGCUGCUGUCGUUUUGCUUCCGUUGCAUUGCGCAUUUCAGCAACAGCAGCAGCAGCCGCGGAAUGCAUAUCUGUGCUCCGAGAGCUCAGCUUGCUUCUGUGGUAGAGGGCUGGGGAAGUUGCUCUGCAGCAGCAGCAGCAGCAAAACAAGCGGAAGCAGCGGGGCUGCUGCAGGCUGCUGCUGCUGCUACGCUUGCCGUUAUACAAGCGGCAGAAGGAGGACUCCUGCUGCACACCCUUGUGUCUCCUUUUCCAGCUGGAGGUUGGGGUCCUGCUUCGCGCUGCUGCUGCCUCCUCGACUUUGUUGCUGACGCAUUUGCUGCUGCUCAUGCCGCACCGCAGCAGCUGCAGCAAGAAAUUGCUGCUGCUUGCACGGCAACAAGCAGAUCAGACAAGCAACCCAGCAGUAGCAACAGCAUCAAUUGCAGCAGCGUCAACUACAGCAGCUGCAGCAACGGGGUUAGCUACAACCACCUUCUGCCUGACGCUGCAGCAGAUGCUGCAGCAGAGGCAGCAGCAGAACCCUGGCUGUGUGUCCUCCGGGCUUUGCUGUUGCGCUUGCGUGACAUUUCCUUCAGUGCAGCAGCAGCAGCAGCAGCGAAGGCGGUGCCUCACUGGAGAACAGCAGCAUUAGCAGCAACAACAGCAGCAGCAACUGCAACAGCAGCAGCAGAAGCAAACGCUGUGGCCUUCUCCUUGCCUAGCCAUGGGGGCAACAAGAGACCCUUAGGUUUCUCUGAAGACGCUCAUCGGACCUACAGCAGCAGCAGCAGCAGCACUACCAGUAGUAGUAGUAGCUGCUGCUUCUCCCUGGGGGUUGAGCGGCUGCUGCAGCACUUGGGCCCUGCUGCAGCUCGACUGUUGCUGCUUCGACCGGCUGUCUGCCCUGCAGCGCAGCAAACGCUUGACGCAGUUGUCGCUGCUUGGAGCAGGAGACCAGAGCAGCAGCAGCAGCAGCAAGAGCUGCUGCAGCGUCCUGCUAAGCGAACGGCAGGAGCUGCAGGGGUGCCGAAGCAACAAGAAACCGAGGGUGUACAAGGCGCAGCAGCAGCAGCUACAACAGCAGCAGCUGCUGCAGAUAACACAGAAGCAAGAGUUGCGGCAGCAACAGCGGCGCUGCGGACCCUCACAGAUCUGCUGCCAUUUCGUUCGCCUACAGCGUUUAGCGCUGCUCUAGUUUCUAGGGGCCUUAUCCCCUGUCACCAGCUGCAGCAGGAGGAGCAGCAGCAGCAGCAGCAUGGCAGCUUCUGCUGCGCCGACUGCGUCGCACGACAGCAGGGGCAAAGCCUCCUCGUUGGCUUUGUGGAUCCUGAGCUCGCGCUGCUGCUUCUGCAGCAGCAAGCAGCAGCAGCAGGCAAAGUACCUUCGCUGCUGCAGGCUGGAUGGGGAAGCAGUAGCAGCAGCGCUCCGAGGGCUGCUGCCGCAGCAGCAGCAGCAGCAGCGCAGUUGCUGUUACAGUCCGAGCAAUUUGCUGCAGGUGGUGAAGAACGGCAGAACCGCACCGCCUUCCUGUGCGCCUAUAGAAUAUGCAUGCCUCACCCUGGAGCAGCAGCAGCAGCAGCAGCAGGAGCACCAGAAGCAACAGCAGCGGCCACGACUGGAACAGUUGCUGCUUUUGAUUCUUUCGCUGCAGCACAAGGGGCCUUCGCCAAGGACGUCCCGCUGCAGGCUUUCAUGCUUUUGGGGGCGGCAGGAGAAGCAAACAGCAGCAGCAACGGCAGCAGCAGCAGGGCGUCUAGUUGGCGGCAGAUGACGGUGGUGCUCUUGGAAGCUCUUGCAGGGGAAUGUUGGCUGUUUGGAGGUGCUGCUGCUGUGAGUUUGCUGUUGCAAGAAAGCGAGAAACCUGCAGCAGAAGAAACGGAGCGCCGCUGCAGCCGCCUGCAACGCAAGGCAUCGCAAACUGCAGCUCGCAGCAGCAGCACCAGCGGCAGGCAGCAGCAGCAGCAAAUCGAUCCAGAUCGUGCUAUUGGAGCAACAGUGGUAUUUGCGGCGGCCUCCGCGUUGCUGCUGCCUGCUGCUGCUGCUCCUAAGCAGCAGCUCGCGCGUUUAUGCCUUGAGACGCUGCAGCUGGUUGCGGGAUGGCCUUCUGAAGGAAAUGCUGCUGCUGGUGCUGCUGCUGCUGGCGCUGCUGCUGCGAGGAGAUACCCUGGGGAUCCGUGUGGAGCAGCAGCAGCAGCAGCAAAAGCGCUGGCUACUGCAACGGCUUUGGGGAAUCAGCAGCCUUUGCUGCGUCGUCCACUUGCAGUGUCUCUCCACCUCGCCUCCCCUAAACGGCCAUCUGCAGCAAUAUAUAAGAUAUUGCUCCUGCGGCUGCGGCGCUGCAUUCGUUGCUAUGCAGCAGCAGAUGCGUGGAAGCAGCACAUUUGGCAGGUUGAGGCAGCAGCAGCAACCGCAUCAGCAGCAGCAGCAGCAGCAAACAGGUGGUUUUGUAGGGUUGCUGCGGCUCUGAUGAUCUACAUUGGAGACACUAAGGCGGAAGCUGCUGCUACGGCUGCUGCUGCUGCUGGUUGUGCUGCUGGCCCCGCAUCUUUGCAGCAGCGGCAGCAAACAGCAGAAGAGGAGAGUUCAGCGCCUUCGCUGCCGCAGGACGCGGAUACGCUGCCGCAGCAAAAAAGGCAGCAGCAGCAGCAGCAGCAGCAGCAGGCGUUGGGUUUGUUUGAAGUUGCUGCCCCUCUGGUAUUGACGAGCCCGGCGCUCGCGCGUCAGCUGCUGCCGCUGCUGCUGCUUGCGGUGCUGCGUUGCGGCAGCGAGACUGCAGCAGCAGCACUUGCUGCUGCAUUAAAUAAGCAUGUCUUUAUGGCUUUUAGAGAGCAGCUACCGCAGCAGGAGCAGUAUCAUCAGCACCAGCAGCAGCAGCGGGAGGUGCCCGUCGCUCACCGCUCGGUUGCUGCUGUUUGUCUGCGCGCCAUAGAAUUUCUGUUUGGGCUUCCUGCAGCAACAGCAGCAACAACGGCAGCAGCAGCAGCAGCAGCAACAGCAGGCGCAAGGACUGCAGGUGCCCAGGCGGGAGACGCUUUACCUUCUUCUGCUUCUUCACAGCGGCAAACACCGCAGCAGCAGCAGCAGCAGCAACAGCAACAGCAGCAGCGAGGACUGGUAGCCUUCUGGCAACAGCUAGAUUCGGAAGCAGCAGCAGCAGCAGCUUUGUCUCUUGGAGGAGCUGCUGCUGCUGUGCUGUUUUCAGAGCAGCAAAUUGUGAAACUGUACGGCGAGGUCGCAGCACCGCUGCAGCAGGGCUUGCAGGCUUUGGUUGCUGAGGCGCAGCAGCAGCAGCAGCAGCAACGGGGCCGUGUUGCUGCUGCACUGCUGCCGGCAGCGCCUCCUCCCCUGCUGCUGCUGCUCGUACGGGCGCAUGCAGCCGCACGAGCAGCAGAUGCAGCAGCAGCACACCGUUGUUUAGAAGGCUGGCAUAACUCUGCUGUGCUGCUAGAGAGGGCGUGGGCUUGCGGUGCCUCGCUUGAGGUGCUGUCUCUCUUCAACGUGCAGCAAACAGCGGCUGCUGCUGCUGCUGCACCUGCUGCUGCUGCUGCUGAUGCAGUUCCUGAAGCCCUCGAAAGGCUGGGGCUGCAUGCGCUGCUGGACGCCUACCUUGGCAACUCCUGGGGGCCGCCACGGGGCGCAGCAGCAACAGCAGCAACAACAGCAGCAGCAGGCAUGGGCUUCCUGUCUGAAGACUCUACUGCUGCGGAGGCAGCAGAAGCUGCAACUGCUGCUGCUGCUGCAGAUUGGCUGCAGCGCAAAGCCUCGUGUCUAUGGCGGCUGCGGCGGUGGACAAGUACCUUUGGAGCAGCAGCAGCAGAAGGAGCAGCAGGAACGGCAGCUGCAGCAGCAGCCGCAGCAACGCCUGCUUCCUUCCUUACAGACGCCAUUGCCGUCAGUAGCAGCAGCAGCAGCAGCAGCAAAGCUCAAGGUGCUGCUUGUCUCUCUACCGCUCUUUCGCUUCAGCACGCAGCUCAGCGCAUGCACGACUGCGGGGCCGUUCGGGUUUGUGCUGCUCUGCAGCAAGCUGCAGGAGCAGCAGCAGACAACGCCUUUGCUGCUGCCCUACAGCAGCUGCAGCAGCAGCAGCUGGCGCCCUCAAAAGAAUCUGCUGCUGCAGCAAUCCAGUGCCUCGUUCAGAUUCGAAUGGCAGCAUCUGCUGCCUGUACUAUUGCUGUUGAUAUACCCCGUCGCCUUGCGUUGCUGCAGUAUGAGUGGCAGCGCGAGUUAGCAGCAGCAGCAGCAGCAGCAGCAGUUGCUUCUCCGCAGCAGAAGGCGUUUCGUGAGACAAUUGAGCCCUUGGGGGCCCUGCAGGUUGCAGCGCUUGCUGCUUCGCUACCUGGGCCGUUUGCUGCUGCUGCUGCGGGUGCUGCUGGUGCAGCGGGUGCUGCACUCCCCUCCGCAGCAGCAGCAGCAUCAGCAGUAGAACAGGGCGCACUUGCUGCUGCUGCUGUUGCACGACACAUGCGAGCUAUUGGAAGCGCAGCAAGACAGUGUGGGGCCUUGCUGCAGAGCCGGCACUGGUUGCUGCUUGCCGAAGAGACGCUGCAGCAGCACUUGUUGAAGCUGCAGCACCUGCAGCAGCACCUGCAGCAGCAGCAGCAGCAGCAGCAGCAUUUGCUGCGGCAGCUGCACCCUCUGUUAUGCUGCGAUUUGUUUGUGAUAGAGUGGGAGAUAACCAAGACACUACAUGCAGCAGGAGACAGCAACAGAGCUGUUCACCUCGCUCGCCGCCUCUGUCAAUCUGCUGCUUGGCCCUUCUCUUUCAAGGAGCUCUUCGCAAACCCAUUCAAACCCGCUGCUGCUGCUGCUUCUGCGGCAGGUCGAACGCCUGCUGCGGCUGCUGCUUCUGCUGCAGCAAGCAGAACACCUGCUGCUGCUGCUGCUGCGCACGGAGGCUUGGAGAAUGUUUUUGGCUCUCCUGCACAUGGGUUGUGCAGCACAGCAGCAGCUUUUCCUGUCCCUGCAGCAGUAGCAGCAGCAGGAGGGGGAGGAGAAGGAGCAGCAGCAGCUGCUGCUGCUGCAUUUGCAGUGCGGCGGCGGGAGUUCCUGGAAUCUCUUUGUGAAUGUCUGUGCUGCUGCGGUGAAUGGCUGUAUAGAGGCAGGUUUAUUGGAGAAGAAGAAGCAGCAAAAGGAUUUCUAAAUGUUGCUGCUGCUGUGGGGCCCCACUUAUCUUCUGUUGAGGCGCAUCAGCGACUCGCGCUGCUGCUGGAUGAGGCACUGGCAGCAACGUCUUCUGAGCAGCAGGAGGAUUUGCUGCAGCUGCAGCUGGAGCUGCAGCUGCAGCAACAGCAAACGCUAGAGGAGCAGCAGCAGCUGCGCGAGCAGCAGCAGCAGCAGCAGCGCAGGAGACAGCGUCUUGCUGCUGAUGCUGCUGCUCUUUAUGCAUACUGCCUCCGAGACAGCCACUUGCAGCAUGCAGCACACAUCACAGGCCGUCUGCUGUCUCUUUGGUUUUCUUUUGGGGCAAGUGUCCCUCAUAUUAAUCUCUCCAUUAGACGAGCUCUUGCUGUUGCUGCUGCUCCUGCUGCUCCUGCUGCUCCUGCUGCUCCUGCUGCUACUGCUGCGUCAACGGCUCUCCAGCUGCGCUCAGCAGCAGACCUAAAACACCUGCUCCCGUUUGUCCCUCAAAUUGUCUCCCGCCUGGCUGUCGAGACACCCCAGCAGCAACAGCAACAACAGCAGCAGCAACAGCAGCAGCAGCAACAACAGGGAGAAGCAGACUUUCAGCUGUCUGUGCGAGAGGUGCUUCUUGCCUUGGCGCGUCGGUCUCCUUUCUCUGUUCUGCUGCCGCUUAUAGCCCUGGAGAAGAAUGACAAGGUUCCUGCAGCGGCUGUUGGAGGCUCACAAAGAGAAGCAGGAGCAGCAGCAGCAGCGCCCAGCAGCAGCAAUGCCAGGGCUGCAGGGCUUCUGCUGCAGCAAAUGGCUACUGCACACCCAGCACUCGGUGGGGCCGUGCGAGCAGCAGCAGCUGUCGCCUCUCUAUACGAGGAUAUAUGCCUCAUCAAGGAAACAGAUCUGCUGCAGCAGCCCCAGAAACAGCAGCAGCAGCAGGUGGUGCAGCAGCAGCAGCAACCGCUACAACGCCGCGCUGGCCGGCGAGCAGCGGCAGGAGGCGUUGCCCUACCUGCAUCUACAGCAGCAGCAGCAGCUGGUGCUGCUGCUGACUCGAAGAACACCUCUCCAGCAGCAGCAGCAGCAGCAGCAGCAGGAGGUCCAGUUGACUUAGUGCGGUAUUUGCGAACCUUAAGAUCGUACAAAGCAGCAGUAUCAAUGAUUGCAAGCGGUGCUGCUGCGCUGCCGCUUCCGUCUGCUGCUGCUCGCAUGGAGGCUGCUUGUCCUGUGCCCUUCCUGCAGCAGCAACCGCAGCAGCAGCAGCAGCAGCAGCAGCAGCAGGAGAGGGACUGGGCUGAGGAGCACUUGGAGUGCUUCUGUCUGGAUGAAGAGGGAGAGCUCAAUUUGUCUGUCUCCUUUCUCGGCAGCGGAGCUACUAAGCCGAAGCAAGUUGCUGCUGCAACACGAAAGGGGCUGUUGCUGCUGGAGGUGUGCAAAGAGGACGACUUAAGAAGAGACAGAGUAGCGCAGCAGCUAUUUUCUGUGCUGAACCACGCAUUUGCUGCUGCUGCGGCUGCUGCUGCUGCUCCUGCAGCAGCUGCCUUCUCCCUCACGGCCCCACAGGGGGGCGGAAGAGCAGCAGAACCUGCUGCAGCAGCUGCAGCAGCAGCAGCGGCAGCAGCAGGAGAUCUGCGGCUUAGGACGUACGCUGUCGUCCCUCUGUCUCCUUUUUGUGGGGUUUUAGAAUGGGUAGACGGCGCAAUAACUCUGGGGGAGUAUCUUGUUGGCUCGCCAGCAGCAGCAGCACCAGCAGCAGGAGACAGAGCAGCAGCAGCAGCAGCAGCAGCAGCACACAGAAGGUUCAGACCUCACGACUGGACCCCCCAAUACUGCCGGAAGAAACUCGCCGACGCGCGAACAGCAGCAAUGAAAGAAGCAGCCCGGCUGCAGCAGCAACAGCAGCAACAGCAGCAGCAGCAGGAGGUUGCUGCUUGCAAAGAGGAGCAGGGAGCAGCAGGAGGGGGCGGCGGUGGUUCAGGUGGUUUGCUGCAGCAGCGUUUAUUCGAAGCAUUUUCUGAGAUAUGUCAUAACUUCAAGCCUGUCUUAUCUUAUUUUUUCUUGGAGGUGUCUUGCUGCUGCAGCUGCUGGCGUUCUAAGCGGCAGCAAUACACAUCAUCGCUUGCUGCUGCUGCUCUUGCUGGGUUUGCUGUGGGGCUAGGAGACAGACACCUCAAUAACUUGCUGAUAGAUUGCUGCAGUGGGGCGUUCAUUCACUUAGAUUUCGGUGUUCUUUUUGAGGCGGGAUCGCUUCUCCCGAUCCCAGAAGUCGUUCCGUUUAGACUUACAAGAGAUAUUGUAGAUGGCUUAGGGGUUAUAGGAGUAGAGGGGCAGUUUAAAGCUUGCUGCUGCGCUGCGCUGCUGCUGCUGCGAGCCAAUGGAGCUCUCGUUGCUUCGGUGCUGCAAGUGUUGCUGCUAGAUCCCCUCUACUCCUGGGUUAAACCACGAAAAACACACAAACUGCAGCAGCAGCAGCAGCAGCAACAGCAGCAGCAGCAGCAACAACAAAUGUAUCAGCAGCAAAGACACAGAGCAGACGUUCAAGGCGUCUCUACUCUGGAGGGCAACAAGAUGGCCAUGAAGGCGAUUCUUAAGGUGCAAAGGAAGCUGCAGGGUUUUGAUAGAGAAGGAGAAGCCCCUUUGUCUGUUGCUGCAUACGUAGACCGUCUCCUUAACACUGCACAAAACCCUCACAACUUAUGCCGCCUAUUUGCUGGAUGGAUGCCCUUCGCCUAG